AAAAUGUUUUUAUUUUCCUAGUUUUUAUCAGGAACAAUUUUACGAAGAAGGGUCAAGGGUGUCUCUGUGGAUAAUUAGAUGAAAUGAUAUGAAGUAGGAGGCCAUAAUAAAGAAGAAAAAUGGGAUUAUGGAUAUAAUUGCUUAAUUGUGAGGUGAUGAACUUAAGCUGUUUGAGUUGUUAAUGAAGACCAAUGUAUUAUCAACGUUAACUCUUGGUAGCAUCGCCGACAAAAUUCAAUUCCACCCAAUUCUCCUCUUUGUCUCCACCACUUGAUCACUGUCUUGUGCUCAUGAGUGCUGAAUUGCGUUAAUUUGACCUGUUUUCUGCUGAAUCCAAAUUCCAAUUCUUGCAAUCUUGCUUCACCAAUCCAGCAGCUUGCUGACAUGGCUGCGGCGGAGGUGAUAGGGAAGAGAGUGCUGGACUCUGGGUGGCUGGCGGCGCGGUCCACGGAGGUCCACCUCACCGGAGUCGAGCUGACCACCUCCCACCCUCCCACCGCCGAUCAGCCCCCCUGGAUGGAAGCUGUCAUUCCUGGAACUGUUUUGGCUACCCUUGUGAAGAACAAGCUUGUGCCUGAUCCCUUCUAUGGUUUGGAGAAUGAGGCAAUAUUGGAUAUUGGCGACUCCGGAAGGGAAUAUUACACCUUCUGGUUUUACACGACGUUUGAGUGUAAGUUGUCAACGAACCAACACGUGGAUCUAAACUUCCGUGCUAUAAAUUAUUCCGGCAAAGUUUAUUUAAAUGGACACAAAGUGGUGCUGCCUAAGGGGAUGUUCCGAAGACAUUCAAUUGAUGUAACCGAUAUUCUGAAUUCAAAUGGUGAAAAUUUGCUCGCUGUCCUGAUUUAUCCUCCUGACCAUCCUGGAAAAAUUCCUCCUGAAGGUGGUCAAGGUGGUGAUCAUGAGAUUGGGAAAGAUGUUGCGACUCAAUAUGUAGAGGGUUGGGAUUGGAUGGCUCCUAUAAGAGAUAGGAACACUGGCAUCUGGGAUGAGGUGUCUCUUUCUGUUACUGGGCCAGUGAAGAUAAUAGAUCCUCACUUAGUCUCCACAUUCUUUGACGAUUACACUAGGGCCUACCUUCACACAACAGUGGAGUUGGUGAAUAAGAGCAGCUGGGUUGCUGAGUGCUCUGUGAAAAUCCAAGUUGGGACUGAACUUGAAGGAGAUAUUUUCCUGGUAGAGCAUCUUCAGACUCAGCAUCUGUCCAUUCCAGCUGGAUCCAAUGUUUCAUAUACAUUACCUGAGCUAUUCUUCUAUAAACCCAACCUCUGGUGGCCCAAUGGAAUGGGAAAACAAUCUCUUUAUAAUGUAGAAAUAACAGUCGAUGUGGAUGGUCAUGGAGAGUCUGAUUCUUGGAGUCAGCAUUUUGGGUUCCGUAAGAUUGAAAGUCACAUAGAUACUGACACUGGUGGAAGACUAUUUAACGUCAACGGAGAGCCAAUAUUUAUCCGGGGUGGUAAUUGGAUACUAUCAGAUGGGUUGCUACGACUUUCAAAGAAACGCUAUGAGACAGAUAUUAAGUUCCAUGCUGACAUGAAUUUCAACAUGAUGCGCUGUUGGGGAGGUGGAAUUGCUGAAAGGCCUGAAUUCUAUCAUUACUGUGACAUCUAUGGUCUUCUGGUUUGGCAAGAAUUCUGGAUAACCGGAGACGUUGAUGGACGAGGUGUUCCAGUAUCGAAUCCCAACGGUCCUUUGGACCACGACCUUUUCUUGCUAUGUGCUAGAGACACUGUGAAGAUGCUAAGAAAUCAUCCUAGUCUUGCUCUAUGGGUUGGAGGUAAUGAGCAAGUUCCCCCGGAAGAUAUCAACACAGCUUUGAAAAACGAUCUACGGCUUCAUCCCCAUUUCGAGAGCCCUGUCAACGAUAAGCAUUCCGUGGAGGAGAUUUUCCCGAUUGCAAAGGACCCUAGCCAGUAUCUAGACGGCACCCGUAUCUACAUCCAAGGAUCCAUGUGGGAUGGCUUUGCUAAUGGGAAGGGAGACUUCACUGAUGGUCCUUAUGAAAUUCAGUAUCCUGAGAACUUCUUCAAGGAUGACUUCUACAAAUACGGUUUCAAUCCCGAGGUUGGUUCUGUAGGAAUGCCUGUUGCGGCUACUAUCAGAGCCACGAUGCCCCGAGAGGGUUGGCAGAUUCCUCUAUUUAACACGUUGCCAAAUGGCUAUGUCGAGGAAGUCCCCAAUCCUAUCUGGAAGUACCAUACGUAUAUUGCGUAUUCAAAACCAGGCAUGGUUCAUGAUCAGAUUUUACCAUAUGGAACACCUAAAGAUCUCGAUGACUUUUGCCUCAAGGCGCAAUUGGUUAACUACAUCCAAUACAGAGCUCUCUUAGAAGGUUGGACCUCCCGUAUGUGGAGCAAAUACACGGGCGUCUUGAUUUGGAAAACACAAAACCCUUGGACAGGUCUACGGGGCCAGUUCUACGAUCAUCUCCAUGAGCAAACAGCAGGGUUCUACGGAUGUCGUUGCGCUGCAGAACCAAUUCAUGUCCAGCUGAAUCUCGCGACAUAUUUGAUAGAGAUAGUGAACACUACUUCGGAUGAUCUAUCCGACGUGGCUAUAGAAGUUUCCGUCUGGGAUCUCGAAGGAGCAUGCCAGUACUACGAAGUCUUUGACAAGCUUGCUGCACCAUCUAAAAGGACGACGCCUACUUCUGAGAUGAAAUAUCCGAAGUCUGAGAGUCCCGAACCUGUUUACUUUCUUCUCCUCAAACUGUACAAAACGUCAGACGACGAGAUCUUAUCAAGGAACUUUUACUGGCUGCAUCUCCCCGGUGGCGAUUACAAGCUUCUGGAACCAUACAGAGAGAGACGAGUCCCCCUCAAGAUCACCUCUCUAACUCUCAUUCAAGGAUCCAGCUACGAGGUCAGGAUGCACAUAGAGAAUACAUCGAAGAAACCGGAUUCAAGAAGCCUACGACAUGGAAACAGAAACAGAGAGAGGAAGCACGAGCAGGGCUUGUUUGGUAAGAUGGUGAAGCGCUUUUCGCCUAGUAAAGAUAGUGGUGCGCGAGUUGUUGAAGUCGGUGGAACUGAGACCGGGGUCGCCUUCUUUCUUCAGCUCUCCGUUCAUGCUUCGGGGAAGGACAUGAAAGACAUUGAGGACACUCGGAUAUUGCCAGUUCAUUACUCCGACAACUAUUUCUCGCUGGUGCCGGGGGAGGUGAUGAGCGUGAUCGUUAAGUUUGAUGCUCCGGAGGGCGCGGCGCCCCAGGUUAUGAUCAACGGUUGGAAUUGCCAAAGCGGGCUUACCGUAGUGUAGCUGCUGUUUGAAGCACUAAUGUUGCUCUUUUCGAUGGUUUCGUCCAAUGUUGUUUUGGAGAGUGUUGUGCAAAUGAGUAUUGAGUGUACUAUUAAGGUGUAUUAAGCAUUGUUUCAUAUACUCCCUCCCAUGAAUCUUGACACGUUUGGUUUCGGCACGGGAAUUAAGGAGUUGUAGAUUAGUGUA